AUGUCAAUUACUUACAAUUCCACUUGGGCUCCUUUGCCUUCCACAACCAGAGCUACUCCGGUUCACCUCUCCUAUGAUGUCAAAUCAGACAGAUUGGCGUAUCCUAAUGGCAAAGCCAUUUAUCUCCGUUCUAUCUCCAAUCCAGCGGAAGUAUAUCAAUUCAAUAAUCACAACUAUCAAACCACUGUUGCUAAGUUUGCUCCUUCUGGGUUUUAUGUAGCUUCAGGUGAUGAAUCAGGUAAUGUGAAAGUCUGGGAUUGUGUGGGUGAUGAUCAUAUUGUUAAAGGUGACUAUCCAGUGAUCAAUGGCCGUAUCAAUGAUUUGGAAUGGGAUGCUGAUUCGAAGAGAAUCAUUGCCGUUGGAAAUGGUAAGGAAAGAUUCGGUCAUUGUUUCACUUUUGAUUCAGGAAACACCGUCGGUGAGAUUUCCGGUCAUGGUGCUCAAAUCAGUGCCGUCACCAUCAAGCCAACCAGGCCUUUCCGUGCUGCCACCGUUGGUGAAGACGCUGCCUUAGUGUUCUUAAGCUCCCCACCUUACAAGUUUGUGUCUUCCGUUAGAAAUAAACAUACCAACUUUGUUCGUGACGUUGCUUACUCAAAAGACGGUAACUUCAUUGUCUCCGUUGGGGCCGACAAAAAAAUUGUUGUUUAUGAUGGUAAAUCAGGCGAAUAUUUAAAGACCAUCAGUGAUCCACAAUUGACUGGUGAAUCUGCUCAUGAAAUGGGUGUAUUUGGUGUUUCCUGGUCAUUAGAUAACCCAGAAGAAUUUGUUACUUGUUCUACUGACUCUACUGUCAAAUUAUGGAAUGUCACUUCUGGGGAAUUAUUGAAGGUUUGGAUCUUACCAAAGAGUUUAGAAAAUCAACAUUUAGGUAUUGUCUACACUAAAGAUUAUAUUGUUAGUUUGACAUACAAUGGUAAUUUGAAUUAUUUUACUAAGGAAUCGGACCUCCCAGUCCAAGUGAUUAAAGGUCAUCAAAAAUCAAUUACCUCAUUAACUGUUCUCGGAAACAGUGUUUUCACAGGGAGCUAUGAUGGUAGAAUUUGUCAAUGGGACGUUUCGAAAAAAACUGGAAGUGCCAGCUAUAUUUCUGGGAAGGGUCACACCAAUCUAAUCACCGAUUUGGUCAGUGCUGGGGAUUCAGUUAUCACUAGUAGUUGGGAUGAUAAGGUUUUGAAGAUUGACUCCAGUCUUGAAUAUGAGACGUCUAGUGAGUUCAAAUUGGAUUCCCAACCAAAGAGAGUUUCGUCUGUUAACUCUAAGGGGGUAUAUGGGGUAGUCACCAGCGACAGUGAAUUGAUUAUUGUUGAUUCCUCGUCUAACACCAAAGUUACCUCUAAGAAAUUACCAUUCGAUGUAUCAACCAUUGAUAUCAACGAUGAAUAUGUUAUUAUUGGUGAUGAUAGAUCUUUCAACGUUCACUUUUUAUCUGUCUCUGACUUAUCUCCAGUUUCUAGUCAUGCUUUGAAAUUGAACUACAAACCAACAUACAUCAAAAUCUCCCCAGAUUCGCUCUAUGUUGCAGUUGGUGACUCUUCUGGUAAAAUAGUCCUCUACAACAUCAAAGACAAAGCUAUCCAAACAUCCAGAUGGGGAUUGCAUACCGCUAUGGUCAACAGCAUCUCAUGGCGUAGUGACAGUAAAUUUGUUGUUACUGGUUCUUUGGACACCAAUAUCAUUAUUUACUCUGUGGAUAGACCUGUCAAAACCGUUAAAGCUUUGAACUGUCAUAAGUUCGGUGUAAAUUCUGCUGCAUGGAUUGAUGACAAUGAAAUUGUGAGUGUUGGUGCUGAUUCUGCUAUCAAAUUAUGGGAAGUUAAAAAUAUCGUUUAG